UUUUCCGAGUUGAAUCUCUUUGUGAUUAUCAGGCUGCUGGAUUGGAGAAUGAAUUCUGACUAGCCUGCCCUGGCCUGCCAUCACUCUUUGUAUAAUCUCCACUUCCUUAUGGUGUCUGAAGGCAUAUUGUGGAGGGCAGAAGUUGGAAGACUUUGGAGCAAAUAUUCAAUUUGCUUAGAGCUCUGUGAGCAACAGGUACCUCUGUAGUCAGCAUAAGCAGGAUCAAGGGAGCAGCUGCUAUGGAUUCAGAACUCCUGGUGAAUAUAAAGGAGGAGGUGACCUGCCCCAUCUGCCUGGAACUCCUGAUAGUACCCCUGAGUCUAGACUGUGGCCACAGCUUCUGCCAAGCCUGCAUCUCUGAAAACCAGAAGAAGUCCACGAUAGACAAAGAAGGGCAGAGCUGCUGUCCUGUGUGCAGAAUCACUUACCAGCUUGAGAACCUGCGUCCCAAUCGACCUCUGGCCAACAUAGUGGAGAGGCUCAAGGAGGUCAAGUUAAACCAAGAAGAGGGGCAGGAGGUGAAUCACUGUGAGCAGCAUGGAGAGAAACUACUGCUUUUCUGUAAGGAGGAUGGGGAGGUCAUUUGCUGGCUUUGUGAGAGGUCUCAGAAGCACCGUGGUCACCACACAUUCCUCCUGGAGGAGGCUGCCCAGGAGUACCAAAAGAGGCUCCAGGGAGUUCUGGAAAAGCUGAUGAAGCAGCAGCAGGAAGUUGAGCAGGUAGAAGAUGACAUCAGCAAAGAGAGAACUUCCUGGAAAGAUCAAAUACAGUCUGACAGACAAAACAUCCAGGCACAGUUUGGCAAACUGAGAGACUUCCUGGUGUCUGAGGAGAACAACAAACUGCAAAUUCUUGAGGAAGAGGAAAAAGAUAUUCUUAAUAGUCUAGCAGAGUCUAAGAAUGAGCUGGACCAGCACCAUCAGGUGGUAAGAAUGUUCAUUUCUGAUGUGGAGCGUCGGUUGCAGGCGCCAGCAAUAGAGAUGCUGCAGGAUGUGAAUGGCAUGAUAAAAAGGUAUGAAACCUUGACCUUGAAGAAGCCAAAAACGUUUCCCAAGGAACAAAGGAAAGUAUUUCCACUGCCUGAUCUGAGAGGAUUGCUGCAAGUGCUUAAAAGAGAGAUGUAUGUCAGUGCAGAGCUGAGAGAAGCCCGCCGUCACUUGGUUUACGUGACGCUGAUUCCAAGGAACAAAUCAAAUGUCAUCAUUUCUUCAGAUAACAGAGAAGUGAGAUCUGGCCAGGAUGACUGGGACCCUGAAGAACUGAUGGACAAUUAUGGUAUCCUGGCUGCUCCACAUUUCACGUCAGGGAAAUGGUACUGGGAGGUAGAUGUGACCAAUAAACGUUCUUGGAUCCUGGGUGUAUAUGUUAAACACGGUCUCCCAUUCAAUGAGAAGGUUCGUAACACAGCAAAUGUACGUUAUCAACCUAGAAAUGGCUACUGGGUUAUAGGGUUAAAACAUAUAUCUCAAUAUAUUGCUUUUCACGAUUCUAGCACUUUUGGUCCUUUACCCCUCUCCCUGACUGUCCCUCCUAAUCGUAUUGGGGUUUUCCUAGACUAUGCCGCUGGCGCUGUCUCAUUUUUCAAUGUCACAGACCAUGGGUCUCUCAUCUAUAGAUUCUGUACACGUUUUCAACAUCGUAUUAAUCCGUAUUUCAAUACUACAGCAUGUCAAGUCCACAUGACUCUCUGCUGACCGAGUACCUAAACCUUAUUGCAUACUUGGCCACUUCUCCGCAGCACCUCUUGCUUGCCUGGGUGCAUGUCAUACACCUGAACUCAUUGGUGCUAUUUUAACCAUCAUUUCCUUGCCAUCUUCCUUCUUUCCAUUUGAACAUCCUUUUCUUAGCAAUAAGAUGUACAAACUGCCUCAUGCUAUGUUCUUCUGAAUAUUUUCCUUACAUGUCAUGGCAAAUUUGAUUCAUUAUUUUCCAUACUCCCAAUGAAAAAUGACUGAGACUUCAUAAAGUAUGACAAUGUUGAGAUAAUACUCCUGCCAAAUCCUCAUUACCCAAUUCUGACACUGACUAAGAAGAAAAAGGAAAACUUUUCAACAACCUUUCUAUAUUAUUGUGCUCACUAAAGAAUGAGCUUUCCUAGCAUGUACCUUAUUCAACAAAGAGUUAAGGAGAAACUGUCAUCAACAGCAUAUGCUCCAAAUAGAUAUUUCAUAUCUAGAGUAUCUUGAGUUCAAAUCCUGUCUCUCCAUACACUAGCAGUGUAAUCAUGAUUAAUAUAUUCAUAUGGCUGUGUUUAUUUUCUCAAAAUAAUUUUGGCAUUGAAGAUGUCAGCUGAAGUAUUGGUGUUCUACUGCACAGUAGAAUGAUUAGAGUUAACAAUAACAUGUCGCAUGUUUCAAAAUAGCUAGAAGAGAGGAUUUGCAAUGUGCUAAUCUGUAAGAAAUGACAAGUGUUUAAAGUGCUGGAUAUACUAAUUACCAAGAUUUGAUAUUUACACAGUGUAUACUUGUAUGGAAAAACCACACUGUACCCCAUAAAUAUGUAGAAUUAUCAUAUGUCAAUUAAAAACAAAAUAAAUGUUUUGGAUCAUUAUGCAAAUGAUCAUUAUGCAUUUGCUACUUUGGAUCAUUAUGCAAAAAUAAAUUCAUAAAGUAAAAAGCACCUAUGUGUCUCAACUUAAUAAUAUAUAUUUGUUCUACUAAUUACUAAACAAAAUAAGCUGUGUUAGUGACUCAUGAAACAAGUUGUGCUUUCAGGGGGACUAGGGUUAGAUUUACUGAAUUCUCAGUUUUUGGAUGUGAGAUACCACUAUCAAGGCUAUUCGGUUUUGCCUUUGGUAUAAACACAGACAUACACACACACAGACACCAUUUGGAUUUUAAUUUUAGUUCUGUGUUGCUAUAUAUUAGCUCCUAUCAAGUAAACUAAAUUCUAUGGGAUUGAGUUCACUUGUAAAUAUAAUAGAA